UAGCAAUAUAAACAUUGUGAACAAUCGUAUGCUAUGGAAGCUGGUUGACGUUACGCACGUGGAGAUUUCUGUGCUUCCACCCGUUACCGUUUCAAGAUGGGCAAGAAAACUAAGAUUGGAAAGCAGCGUAAGGACAAAUUCUACCACUUGGCCAAGGAAACCGGCUACAGGUCGAGAGCAGCGUUCAAGCUAAUCCAGCUGAACCGGAAGUUCGAGUUCCUCCAGAAGUCUCGCGUGUUGAUCGACUUGUGCGCGGCACCAGGAGGAUGGCUUCAGGUUGCGCAAAAGUACAUGCCCGUUUCCAGCGUCAUCGUGGGCGUAGACUUGGUUCCGAUUAGGGCCAUCCCGAACGUCAUAACGAUCCAGGACGACAUCACGACGGGCAGUUGCCGCUCUAAGUUGAAGAAGGAGCUGAAGACCUGGAAAGCCGACAUCGUGCUGAACGACGGCGCCCCCAACGUCGGUAAAAGCUGGGUGCACGACGCGUACGGCCAGAACGUGCUGACUUUGCAUGCCGUCAAGCUCGCCACAGAGUUCCUUACGAAGGGAGGAUGGUUCAUCACCAAGGUGUUCCGCUCCAAGGACUACCAGGCCCUGAUGUGGGUCCUCAAAAAGCUCUUCAGGAAGAUAUCGGCAACCAAGCCACAGGCUUCACGUCACGAGUCCGCAGAGAUCUUUGUGGUGUGCCAGUACUACAUCGCACCGGACAAGAUCGAUAGCAAGUUCCUGGACCCGGCCUACGUCUUCGGCGACGUGGACACUGGCGAAGCUGCCAAGCUGAAUGCGGCGCAUCCAGAGAAGCAGAAGGCCAAGGCCGAAGGGUAUCCGGAAGGCGAUUACACGUUAUACCACAGGGUAUCCGUUUUGGAUUUCAUCAGGUGUGAGGACCACCUGGAACUGCUUGGACAAUGCAGCGAGGUGGUUUUGGACAACCAGGAGGUCCUGGAUCAUCCAUCAACAACGGAAGAAAUCAAGGAGUGCUGCAAGGACAUCAAGGUACUGGGACGAGGAGACAUCAAGAACCUACUGACAUGGCGGAAGAAGUUAAAGACCUGGUUUGAGGAGAAGGCCAAAGCUGAAGGGAAAGUGGACGAGGCUGAGGUUGAAGAGGUUGCAGACGAUGAAGGUUCAGAGGAUGAGGAGCUUCAACUGCUCAAGCAUGCUGAAGAAGUGACUGCCGAGCAGGCUAAAGAGGAAAAGAAGAAGCGUAAAAAAAUGCUGAAACAGAGAAAAAAGCUUAGGGACCGCAUGAACCUUCAGAUGGUCCUGAAGGAUGAUGAUCCUAUUGUCGAGAGGGACGAUGACUUGUUCAAGCUAAAAGCAAUCAAGAGCAAAAAACAGCUGUCAAAGGUAGAGGAGGCAGAUCCUUCAGUAUUGGAUCCUGUCCAGCCCUUGGAAGAGGAUGAUGAUGUGUGUGACAGUAAGAGAAAGUUAGCUUCCUACAGUAAAGAUCGGGUCAAUGAAGAUUGGUAUGCAGAGGAUGACGUUAGCAGUGAAACCAAUGAGAAUGCAGAUUCUGAUGAUGAGGAGCAUGAAGAGUUGCUUGAGUUUGAGAGUGACAAGGAGGAGAGUGGUGAUGAAGAGGAGAACCUAGAUGACGAGGAUGAAGAGAAUCCUCUGCUCGUGGAUGCUGCAUACGGCAGUACGAAAAAAAAGCGCUUGGAGAUGAGUAAGUUAUGGUUUGAAAAAGACGUGUUUGCGGACAUUGACGACGAGAAAGAGCUCCUCGAGCUAGAGAUUCUUGCCGACGAAUCUAGGAAGAACAAGAAGGAAAAACUUUCAAAGAAAGCAGAUAAAAAGCCACAAAGAGAAGCCGCAAAGAAAGUUACCAAGAAAGUGACCUUCGCAGAUGGCCUUGACAACAAAGAGCGGCCUCUGGAAGAGGCUGUAGAUACGAAGGCAGGUGCCGGGAAGAAAAACAAAUUCAAACAGUCCGACUCUGAGUCGAGCUCGGAAGACGAAGAGUUGAACAAGAAGAGUAGACCAGCCCCGAAGAAAGCAAAAAGGGUCAAACUAGACCCAGAAGCGCUUGCCCUUGGCAGCAUGAUGAUUCACUCCCAGAAGGCACGGCGAGACAUCAUUGACUCUGGCUACAACCGCUACACCUUCAACGACGAAAACCUUCCGAAGUGGUUCACGGAAGAGGAAAAGAAACACACCCGCAAGCACAUGCCAGUGACGGCCGAGAUGGUCGCUGAGUACAAGGCGCAGCUGAAGGCCGUAAACGCACGUCCCAUCAAGAAGGUGGCAGAGGCCAAGGCCCGCAAGAAGCAGCGUGCUGCCAGGAGACUAGAGAAAGCCAGGAAGAGGGCAGAGGCCAUCACUGAAAAGCUGGACAUGACGGACGCCGAGAAAGCACAGCAAGUGAGAGCCAUCUACAAGAAGGUACUGGGUGACAAGGGCAAAAACAAGGUCACCUAUCUGGUGGCCAAGAAGGCGACCGGCCGUAAAGUUCGCAGGCCCCCUGGUGUCAAAGGCAGGUUCAAGGUCGUGGACCCCCGAAUGAAGAAAGAUUUGAGGAAGAAGAAAGCUGCCAUGAAGAAAAAGUGAUUGCAAGGUCCAAGAGCAUUCUUGUACAUAACAAUUUUUUUUUUAGGUAUGAGCAAGUGAAAUUUAAAAAUAAAAACUGAUGUGUCAUCCAGAUUUGUUUUAA